AUGUUUAGAUCUAAUAAGACAUCAGGGUCUCCAAUAAGGGGAUUUAUAAAAUUCGGGAGUUUUGCCAGAUGGUAUGCUUCAAUUCACCCCAAAACUCCUGCAAGAACCAGAUUCGCACCAUCUCCUACUGGUGUCUUACAUUUAGGCUCAUUAAGAACUGCAUUAUAUAACUAUCUAUUGGCCAAGAGUACGGGUGGAAGUUUUAUUCUUCGUCUCGAAGACACAGACCAGAAGAGAUUGAUAGAAGGAGCAGAACAGAAUAUAUACGAGAGCUUAAAAUGGUGUAACAUAAACAUUGAUGAGGGCCCAGAGAGUGACAAAGAAACGGCACCUUUCGCACCCUACAGGCAAUCAGAUAGGAAAGAAAUAUACCAAAAGUAUGUGCAAGUUUUACUUGAUUCUGGACAUGCUUACAAAUGUUUCUGCUCAAAAGAUAGGUUAGAUCUGCUUAGACAAUCGGCAAUGAAGUUAAAGCCUCCAACAACGGUAACGUACGACAGGUCUUGUCUUGAUGGUGAAAAAGUACAUACAGAAAAUGAUCACUAUGUCAUUCGGUUUAAAUCUCCUGAAGUAUAUCCACCUUUUGUAGAUUUAACCCACGGUACUUUGGACUUGCAACCUCAAGUAAACCUACUUGACAGAAGAUAUGAUGACUUUGUCAUAAUGAAAUCAGAUGGCUUGCCAACAUAUCAUUUUGCUAAUAUCGUAGACGAUCAUUUGAUGCAAAUUACCCAUGUAAUUAGAGGAGAAGAAUGGCUUCUGUCCACUCCAAAACAUAUUGCAUUAUAUAAAGCAUUCGGCUGGGAACCUCCCAGCUUUAUUCACAUACCUCUACUUACUUCCCUAAGCGACAAAAAGCUCUCUAAAAGGUCUGGAGAUAUGGGGGUACUUAGUCUUCGAGAUGAACAAGGAAUAUUACCUGAGGCUUUGGUGAACUUUGUAGCACUUUUCGGAUGGUCGCCUCCAAGAUUGCAUGCUGGAGUUAGUACAAGUGAAGUCAUGUCCCUAGAGGAAUUAAUUCAAUCGUUUUCCUUGGAUAAUUUGACAAAGGGAAACGCAAAGGUAACUGAAGAAAAGUUGAAGUACUUCAAUAAAAUGCAUUUACAGAAAAGAAUUCAAAAUCCACAAGAACUUGUGAAAUUGGUAAAUCAAGAAUUACCAAAGUAUCCCAGUAAUGUAUCAGCUGAUUACCUUAAAGUUUGCUUUGAAAAGGCUAGACCUUCGAUCAAUAAUCUUAACGAUUUAAGAAGCUCUCACUCGUACCUUUUCGAAAGAGUUGAUCUUGCUCAAGCCAAUAAAGAUAAAUUGUCACCAAAUGCUAGGGAUAUUAUUCAAAAAUUUAGUAAUGAAUAUUCUUCUACAAGUGAAUCAUCAGAAUUUAAUUUCCAAGAGGUUGUGCGCUCUAUGGGUUAUCCUCAAAAAGAGGUAUUCAUGUCAUUGAGGUUCGCUCUCUCCUGUGGCAAACCAGGCUUGACUAUUCCUGUCAUUAUCGAGAUUCUUGGAAGAGAGGAAAGUUUGGCACGAUUUAUUAAUGCACUUGCCGUCUUGUAA